CUACCUGGAGGACUUUCGACAUUCAACAUUUCAGCUAGACGUCGGUUUGCUGCUUCUUUUGAUCGGAGAUUCUGGUAAAGUACCCGUUUUAGUUCUUUAUGAACAUUUUAAUACUGAGAAAAAAGUUAUCAUCUACUUUGUAAAGAGUGUUGGCAAAAGUUGUUUGUUACUCCGUUUUUCCGACGACUCGUUUACUCCAUCCUUUAUCACUACCAUUGGCAUCGACUUCAAAAUUAGGACGAUCGAAUUAGACGGAAAACGAAUCAAACUUCAAAUUUGGGAUACUGCUGGUCAAGAACGUUUCCGUACAAUCACUACAGCAUAUUAUCGCGGUGCUAUGGGUAUACUUCUAGUGUAUGAUGUCACUGACGAGCGGUCAUUUAAGAAACAACACGCUAGUGAAGGUGUUAAUAAAAUUCUUAUUGGAAAUAAAUGUGAUUGGGUUGAAAAAAAGGCAAUCACAAAAGAACAAGGUCAGGCACUUGCGGAUGAAUUUGGUAUUAGAUUCUUGGAAACAAGUGCCAAAGCAAAUAUCAAUGUUGAAGAAGCGUUCUUUACCUUAGCCAGAGAUAUUAAAAAGAGACUUAUUGAUACACAUGCACAAGAACAACAAAACACUCAAAACAAAAGGCUUGAAUUGGAUAACAAAAGUCCUAAAUCUAGUACAGGAUCAAACUGUUGUAAUUAA